AUGGCGGCACCCAGGCGAGAGCAAGAUCCUUAUGAAAGAGAAGACACCGACUUGUCGUCUGCACGUUUUAACCCCCUUGCCGCCUUGUAUUCCCCACAUGUAUCUGUACCCUAUCCAGAUAUUGAGUUAUAUGAUAACUUAGCACAGUAUGAAAGUGUCAUAAAUACUAGAAAUGGACGCCAAGCGACGCCGGCAAAUGCACCGUCGUCUGCUGGCGAUGGCACAGGUUCUGCUGUUGUUGGUGUUUCUCGACAAACCUUUGAUUAUGGUCAUGGUUCAAGUGACGCAACAUAUGCCACUAGAGAAAUUCCACCACGGCCUCAUAGUUCUAGUGGGUACCAUGAAAGUAUUGAUUCUGUGACAGGACAUUUGCGGCCUCAACAGGAAGAUUUCAGACGAGAUUCACACCGAGACUACGGUACUAGAGAUCCCUAUCUGCAUCAUAGAGAGCCACAUGCAGCACUUGGUCAUCCAGAUCAGAUUGGUCAUCCAGAAUCUGAUCCAUACUGUUCUGGUCGAGAUCCGUACAGGGCAUAUCCUGACCGAGAUCCUCACAGGGCAUAUCCUGACCGAGAUCCUCACAGGGAAUAUCCUGAUCGAGAUCCUCACAGGUCAUACCCUGAUCAAGAUCCUCACAGGUCAUACCCUGAUCGAGAUCCUCAUAGGGAAUAUCCUGAUAGAGAUCCUCACAGGGCAUAUUCUGAUCAAGAUCUUCACAGGGAAUAUCCUGAUCAGGAUCCAUACAAACAAUAUCUUAGUUCACCAAGGGAUAGACAUUCACACUCCAGUGCCUAUGUGAGAGACCCAGAAUACCUUGAGAGAAAGGGUCUACUGGAAGAGGACUGUAAAAGUUACGACAUUUCCAGACGUAACCCCAAACCCCAACCAUCUUGUGAUCCCAAACACCUACCAUCUCAUGAUCCCAAACCAUCAUCAUCUCGUGAUUCACAAAUGCAGACAAAACUAGAAAUUGGAAAGAAGGGAGCCGAGAGCAAAUUUACUAAAGUGGUGGGUUCUGUUGGAGGUGCUAGAGGUGCUUGGAGUUACGAUAAGGUUAAAGAAACAAUAUCUACAGAAACUGUGAUAAAAAGAGAAGACAAUGCUUUACCAGAAUCAUUUGAAACUCAAACCACAUGUGUCCCGGCUGAAGACUACACAGAUCAAACUCGAAAUGUUUUUACUAGGAUGGAAGAAUAUUCUAAUAGUAACUCUGGUCCAUUGCACAUCCUAUACCGGUGCAUGAAGGAGAAACUCCAGGCUCGGGUAUGGACAAGGAGUGCAGUCUCAGUGCGUGGAAUCUGCAAAGGAUACAUCGUGGCCUUUGAUAAACAUGCCAAUUUGGCCAUGAUCGAUGUUGAUGAAUACUACAGGAAUCCAGCAAUGAAAGGUGUCAGAUUGAAAAGUAAGAAGAAGUUAGCUGAGAAGAUCCCAGCGGGACAAGUCGCUCCCCCUCUACCGUGUGAGGCAACAUGGCUUGGUCUCCGGCAAGAAAAGCUGGCCCAGCGACAUCUGAACCAAGUCUUCAUAAGAGGAGACAAUGUAGUCUCUGUUAGCAUUGUUCAAGAUUGGUCCUAAAAUGGCCAUUGUUCAAGAGUGGUCCUAAAAAGUGGCAUUGUUCAAGAUUGGUCCCAAAAUGUGCAUUGUUCAAGAGUGGUCCUAAAAUGUGCAUUGUUCAAGAUUGGUCCCAAAAUGUGCAUUGUUCAAGAGUGGUCCUAAAAUGUGCAUUGUUCAAGAGUGGUCCUAAAAUGUGCAUUGUUCAAGAUUGGUCCCAAAAUGUGCAUUGUUCAAGAUUGGUCCCCAAAUGUGCAUUGUUCAAGAUUGGUCCCAAAAUGUGCAUUGUUCAAGAUUGGUCCUAAAAUGUGCAUUGUUCAAGAUUGGUCCCAAAAUGUGCAUUGUUCAAGAUUGGUCCCAAAAUGUGCAUUGUUCAAGAUUGGUCCUAAAAAUGUGCAUUGUUCAAGAUUGGUCCUAAAAUGUGCAUUGUUCAAGAUUGGUCCUAAAAUGUGCAUUGUUCAAGAUUGGUCCUAGAAGAAAAGAAAGGAAAGAAAGAUAUUUCGUGCAUUGAGAGCAAAGUGCCAUCUGCUAUUUCUGUUAAUUGCAGAUGUCACUUUUUUGCUCCCAACCAACUGUUGUGCUUAUUAACAGAUCAUGACUUAAAUCAUGUCUUUUUAUACCGAGAAAAUGUCGGCUCGAUUCCAGUGUUUAUGAAUGGUACUCCAAACUCUUGACAUAAAAUCAGUUUUUUAGGAAAAGAAGAAAUAUUUCUCUUCAGUUACGCAACUUCGAGACUAGAGAGUGCUGUUUAAACUUCGUUAUGACAAAUAUCUUUUUGGCUCCGUGACAUUGCAAAAUGGAGAUGUAUUCAUCAUUUUACUUCAAAAACAAAUAUUUAGUUUUAAAGAUCUAGACACAGAGCUUAUAAGAGGUAGCUAAGUAUCAUUAGAACUAGAUACUUUUUAUUUGAAGUUGUCUGAAAAACAAAUUGACCUACAAGUACAAUGGUAUUUUUCAUCACUUGAAAAUACAUUUUAAAGAGAUUUUCAAUACUAUCCCAUUGAAACGGUUAUUAAUUUUUUAAGAUUGAAAGCAAAUAUUUUAUUAAUUUUUUUUUAUGUUUAUAAAGUGUAGAAGAAAAAAAAGAGAGGCAAAAUGAUGAUCUUUGAAUCUUUUGGUGAACACUAGUAGUUAACACUAGUAGUUAACACCACCCCCUGGUUUUUGUCCCUUGUGGUAUGUGUGCUAUUGAUUGUGAGUGGCUUUGAAUGUUUGUGUUUUUUAGUGUUCUCGUUGCAUGAGCUUGGGUCAGUAGUAUUGCAUUCCAUUGUACUAGGUUAUUAUCUGUCUGAGUGUGCUCGUGCAUUCCGUUGGUAUGUCACUGUGACAUUGUGUACUUUGCAUUGUGUUCUUAGCUUGAGUGCUUUUAGUGUUUGUCUUUUUAGGUUGAAGAAAGGGUUCUACUGGCUUUCAAUAUGAUGGCGUCUUUUAAAUUAUUAUCGAUUAAUUGUAGUGGGUUACUUGGGGGUCGUAAAACGCGUUUCUUGCAAUAUGUUUGAAAUAAAACAUAUUAAUCAUAUUUGUUAAAGUUUUAUUUUGAUAUCCAUUCACUGGCUUUCCACUUCAAGAAUUAAAGGUGUAUAACAGUAGAUGAAUGUAUUGAGAUACCAAAAAAAGUGUGUGGGGGGGGAUGUACAUUUGUAUACAGAUUACAGGGAAACUAUUUUAUACACAUCACCGUAAGAGUUUCUUUGGCAACAACCAUAUGAUGUAACUAAACAUGUUAAAGCAGUUUUAUAUCAUUUAUAAUGUACCAGUACAUUUUAAUAAAAUAUAAUUUAUAAUGUACCAGUACAUUUUAAUAAAAUAUAAUUUAUAAUGUAUAUGAACCAGUACAUUUUAAUUUGAGGGUACGUAAUAAAACAAAAUGGAUCAUAAGUGCCAUUUACUAGAUGGUUAUGGGUUGGAAAUGUU